ACAAUCCUGCAGUAUCCAUUACCUUCUAAUAGAACAGACAACGGCCUUUCAGAUCCAUCGGAGUACACCACAACCACCAACCAAAAUGUCUUCCCACCCCGGCAAAACCAUCAACCCCUCCAACGUCCCCGAUCCGCAGCCUCAAUUCUCCCAAGUUAACACCUUUACCGUGAACGGGCCGACCAAGAUCGUUGCCAUCACCGGCCAACUCGCAAUUCAGCCCGAUGGGAAAUCUCCAACGCCCAAAGCCUUCGACGACCAGGUAAAGCUGGCUCUGCAAAACCUCGAGAACUGCCUCAAGGCCGCCGGCGCUUCGAAGCGCGACAUCUUCAAAGUGACGCAUUACGUCGUCGACUUUGACUUUGAGAAGAAGAAUCCCGCCGCCAUCUUUUGCGACUGGCUUGGAAUUGACCAUCGGCCGGCGAGUGUGAUGAUGCCCGUGGCAAGGCUGGCCGGCCCGGACUGGCACUAUGAGAUCGAAUGCUGGGCCAUUGUCCCAUUGAAUUGAAGCGUUUCAUCAUCAUCUACAAUACACCACCCAUUCUACAGAAGAGUAAUCAAAGAUC